AUGCUUACCGGAGCGGACCUUGGCAAUGGCAGAAUAGGAGACAACCGUUUAGGAGAGGACGGUCGGGGAAUUAGAUCCAUCGCGAUGUGGAAGCAGGAAAGGAACAUUCAUUCACUCAGACAGAACGCUCAUUCAUUCGUGGAGAGUGGCUGGUUACGCAAUCCAUCCUCGUCAGUUUGUUUCAAGUGUUGCCAUCCUAUGUUUUGUAUGUUGGGGCUACCUGCCUCUUGUCGCCGCCAUCUCUAUUAUAUUUCGUCCAAUGAGAAUUCACGGUCAUAG